AGGGGAGGAGGCACGGAGAAUGAGUUAUUCUUGUAGCAGCACAGAGCCUAUUAGCUGUACGGUGUAUUAGCCAGCGCGCAACUAAAAAGACUCCGACGCAAGUGGAUCGGCUCCCGCGGCGACGACGCCGAGAACAGCAGAAAGCCUCAGUUCCUGUCGGGUCGCGCGCCGAAUAACCCUCUCCUGCUGGACAUGAAAGUACAGCAAGGCUGCAACUCAUCAGACAUGGGCAUCCCGGUUACAACCGAAGAGGAAUUGCGUAAACAUACCGUAAUAACGCCCGAGGAUGUGCUUGGGCUACAGAAGAUCACCAAGAAUUACCUCUGCUCUCCAGAAGAAAACGUCCACAUGAUUGACUUCACCAGGUUUAAGAUCCGUGACAUGGAAACGGGGACAGUCCUCUUUGAGAUUACUAAACCUCCAACACCAGCGGGCAGUAGAAAGCAGUGCGACCCCAACGCCGGCCGUUUUGUCCGAUACCAGUUCACCCCGGCCUUCCUACAGCUGCGGCAGGUUGGAGCCACAGUGGAGUUCACGGUUGGUGACACCCCCAUCAACAACUUCCGUAUGAUUGAAAGACACUACUUCCGCGAUCAGCUCCUAAAGAGCUUCGAUUUCGAGUUUGGCUUCUGCAUGCCCAGCAGCAAGAACACGUGUGAGCACAUUUACGAGUUCCCCACACUGUCCGAGGAAAUGAUGCGUGAGAUGAUCCUGCACCCUUACGAGACGCAGUCUGACAGCUUCUACUUUGUGGACAACAAGCUGGUGAUGCACAACAAGGCGGAUUAUUCCUACAGUGGAGGGCCAUAGGAAGACGUCCAUCCUGCCACCCUCCACCCUUUCUUUCUUCCUCCCUGUUAUAGACAUUUUCCAUAAUCCAGCUAUCACUUCAGGACCAGAAACAGAUGAACUGAUGGACAAAUCACUGGCAUUAAAUACUCCUGUCUCCCUUCCUGUUAGCUUCAUGCAUUUCCAUUCAGGUACUCAGCUGCCUGGCCAAUCAGAUUCCUCCUUUUGCCUCUUUUUGCAGGAACAUUGAAUUCUGCCAGUUUUAUCCUCAGUUUUCAUCAGCGUGCGUGAGUGAGUGUGUGGGCAGCAAACACAUGCAGUGUCUGUACAUAGUGUUGAUUUCAGUCUGUAUGUGUGGGUUCCAGUUUUUCAUCAGGAAAACUUUUUUUUUUUUUUGUGUGUGCUUUGGAAGAGAAACAGAAGUCAAGCAGACAAGGCAGAAACACAGAAUAAGACAAAGAAGGAAAUGAAAAUGCCCUAAAAAGAUCAACAACAAAAAAAAAUCAAUCCAUUCAGAUGUAUAUUUACAGUAUAUAGUUUGUAUAGGAUUCAUUACAUUUUUACUUCCGAGGUUUUUAAUCUUUGUAGUAGCGCACAUCUGAAUGAUUCAGUCCUCCUCCCGUGAUCUGCCAUCGUUCAGUUGAAUGACGGCACUGUGUACUUUGUCUUUGUGAAUGUGUCACUUGUUGUCAUAUGUUUUCAUGUUCAUAGUAAUAAUACUACUACUGCAGUAUGUGAGGAGUAUUUUUUAAAUAAAUAGCCAUUUUGAAAGUGUCAGGAAGUUACAUUAGCCAAAAGUCAGAUACCAGAUUUGAUAUCCAGUAUGAUCUCUGUAGUACUGAGCACUGUGUAUACUUUAAUUACGAUAAAUGUUUUACGCAUAAAAAUCAAAAGUAUGUAAAGUUUUGACAACCAGAAUUCCAUCACUGCAAUAAAAUAUGGGAUUUUUGUGGGACCUUGA